GAUUUUUAAUUAUUUUAAACAAUUUGUUGCCAAAAUUAAACUUUUGAAAGAAAUAUAGUUAAUCUAUCUAAUAUUUUAAAGUAAACUUCAAUGGAAUUGGGCAAUAGAUUUAUUCCAAGCUCAAACUCAUCACUGGCUUACAGAAAUAGUGAUGGUGAAAGUAGUAGAACUGUAUCUCCAGUUCAAAAUGAUGCUGCAAAUAUUUCAAUAAGAGAUGAUUCAUUUUUCAGCUUUAACAAUUCAUAUAUUGCAAAUGAACUUAUCCUGCCUUCUAAUGAUUCAUCAGCAUCUAAUUCUCCAAAGUCAAAUAAUCUUUCUCCUUCCAAUUCCUUUCAGGAAAGUAUUGCUGACGCUCUAGGAUUUAAUAGUAAUGGGAAAGUUUUCCAAUUCGAGCCGUCACCUAAAAGUAAGAGUCCUCCAAGAAACAAGUCUAAAUCAAAAUCAAAUGGUCCUGGUCAACAACAGCAACCAAACACACCUUCAAAGAAUGAAAUGAAACUUAUAGCCCAUGCAAAACCAAAAUUUAAACGCUCUUCUAAGGUCAAGCUUUCUAAAGUUACAGUUGCAACUGAUAUUUUACAAGCGCCAGGAUUAAGAAAUGACUUUUAUUCAAAUCUAGUUAGCUGGUCUAAAAAGACAAACAAAAUAGCAGUGGGUUUAGGUGUAAAUUCUUAUUUAUGGGGUAUUGAUAAUCAUGUGGAACAAAUUCACUUAGAUGCCUUAUCUUUGGUUACUGCAGUCUCUUGCUCAAGAGAUGAUUAUAUUGUUAUUGCAAAUUCCAGAGGUAUGAUCUCUCUCAUUGAACAACCAAAGAAUAUAGUUUUAGCUGUUUACACUUUACAAAACAAAUGUGUUUUCUGCUUUGAAUGGUUUUCAAAAUCAAAUAGAUUUAUAGCAGGAAACGAAGUUGGAGAAGUUCAUAUUUUUGAAAUUGUGUAUGGUCAAACUAGAUAUGAAUUGGUUGAAGUGGCCUGUUUUAAAAGUCACCAACAACAAAUAUGUGGCUUAGCGUUAAGUAUGGAUAACACUCGUCUUGCCGUGGGUGCAAAUGAUAAUAGUUGCUCUUUGUGGGAUAUAAAAAACUUAGAAACAAUAUCCUUAAUGUUUGUCCUCCCUCAUAAUGCUGCUGUUAAAGCCAUUGCCUUUUGUCCUUGGACAAACUCUCUUUUAGCAACAGGUGGAGGGAGUAAAGAUAGAAAAAUAAGAUUUUGGCAUACUUCUAGCGGUACUAAGCUAAAUGAAAUUCCUACUCAUGGUCAAGUUACAUCCUUAAUUUGGUCUAGAUACAAAAAGGAAAUAGCAGCUACUUUUGGAUUUGGAGCGGAUAGUACAAGCUCAUUGUUAUGUGUCUACUCUUAUCCUUCUAUGAAACCGUUGGUCGAGGUCCCAUCAGUUCCUAAUUUAAGAAUUCUUAGUUCUUCAAGCAGUCCAGAUUGGAGUUCUGUUUGUGUUGCAGCCAAUGAUUCUACAGUGAGAAUUUACAAAUUGUGGGAGAAAACUCACGAUAUUGGAAUAACAAUGGAAUUAAAAGGUUCUGGAACCUAUGGAAGUUCAUUAAUUGAAUAUCAAGAAGGUAUUGGUUCCAUAAAUGAUUCAGUUAGAUAACAUUGGUCUAUAGUGUACCCUCAACGUGUGUCAAACUAAAUGAGACCGAAAAUAUGUCAAAGACACAAUUGAAAUUUGACAUAAGGGCGACGCUAAAAAAGGAGACAGAUCAUUUAA